UUUUCCAGCUAAAGUAGAUCUCUGGGACUCUGAUCUCCCACCUCUUGCCAUGACUGUUACGUACACAGCCCGUGUGGCGAAUGCUCGUUUCUGCAGUUUCUCUAAGCUACUGCUGCUGUGGAGGGGAAGCAUCUACAAGCUGGUGUACAAGGAGUUCUUUGUCUUCUUCAUCUCGUACAUGUCUCUCAGCAUCUCGUACAGGUUUUUAAUGAAUGAAAGCCAGAGGCGUGACUUUGAGAAACUGUCCAUCUACUGCAAUCAUUAUGCAGACAUGAUUCCCAUGUCCUUUGUGCUGGGUUUCUACGUCACACUGGUGGUGAAUCGCUGGUGGAGUCAGUAUCGCUGCAUCCCUAUGCCAGAUCGUCUAAUGUGUGCAAUCCCAUGUAUAGUCCAUGGUGGGGAUGACAGGGGGCGAAUGUACCGACGAACACUGAUGCGUUACUGCAGCUUGUCAUCACUUCUAAUAUUGCGCUCUGUCAGCACAGCAGUCUUUAAAAGAUUUCCCACUAUCGACCAUGUUGUUGAAGCAGGUUUUAUGACUCGAGAGGAACGUAAGAAGUUUGAGCAUCUUCAGUCAUCCUACAAUAAAUUCUGGAUACCGUGUGUCUGGUUCUCAAAUCUGUCCGCCCAAGCACGAAAAGAAGGACGGGUCAAAGAUGAUCACACGCUGAAACUGCUCUUGGAGGAACUGAAUGAAUUUCGUGGUAACUGCUCGCUGCUGUUUCAUUAUGAUUGGAUCAGUGUCCCCCUUGUGUAUACCCAGGUGGUGACCUUGGCUGUUUACAGUUUCUUUCUGGUGUGCUUGAUUGGAAGGCAGUUUCUUGACCCUGCGCAGGGUUACCCAGGGCACAGCCUUGACAUCUACAUCCCGGUGUUCACGCUACUGCAGUUUUUCUUCUAUGGUGGCUGGCUAAAGGUGGCUGAGCAGCUGAUUAAUCCAUUUGGAGAAGACGAUGACGACUUUGAGACCAACAGACUGAUAGACAGGAAUUUCCAGGUUUCAAUGAUGGCCGUGGAUGAUAUGUACAGUGAUCUACCAAUGAUGGAGAAAGAUCGUUACUGGAAUGAUUCGAAUCCUAGACCACCAUACACAGUUGCAACUGUUUCUCUACUACAGAAGCCUUCAUUCCAGGGGUCGACCUUUGACAUGGCGAUUCCCAAAGGAGAAAUGCAUUUCCAGCCAAUGGAAGGAAUAGAUGAGGGUGGAGAGGAAAAUGCUCGUGAAACGACACUGUUGAACCGACUGCUGACAGCAGCACCAUCACCAUCUGCCCUGACCAGUGCCAUUUCACGCUCCUCAAAGUGUCACUUCCUAAAGAGGAACAGUACCUCAUCAGAUUGCUCAGAGCUGAGUUGUCUGUGCCAGGAAACUCAAACAACCACAUGCAGCUGUACAGUUACAGGUACCCACAAACCACUGAAUGAGAUUCAAUUUGCCAUGGACCAAACGAUAACUUCACCACUGCAAAGUAAUGAGAAAGAAGCUGAGCGUUCAGUGUUUGCAUAUGAUAGGCUUGUCACAUCUUCUGAUGAGUCCCAAAACAGCCUUCAGGAGAUCAAAACUCAGCUGGAAAGAGAUCUUUCUUUAGUCAGUGAUACUCCAAAACAAGACUUUGCCAAUAUAGUACCUCUGAACAAACAUUGUUACGAACAGCCAAUAACCACCUCUGACAUGUCUGUUGGUCUUAAGAAUGAGGUAGAGAGUCAUGACCUCCUUUUAGGAUCUUGUGGUGGUUCUAAUUACAGCAACCAUGUUGGAAUUGAGCAGACACAAAAUGUACCCAUUGCCUCUCCUGAAAGCAACAGUCAUGUUAGUGUGACUGAGUGGACCAAAGCUGUACCAGUUGCACCUUUAAUAGACACCUCUGACUCACCUUCCCGAAACAUUUUAAGCAGUUUAAAUGGUCUUAGCAAGUAUCCAGAUGUACUUUGCCUCUCUCAGGAAGCAGAUAAUGAUUCUUCAGCUGGAAAGCCUUUGCUUUUUCCAGAGUAUGUGAAUACACUAGCAUUAGGAAAUGUUGCAGUUCCAACAGAAAAUAUUCCCAUAGCUGUGUGAGGAAGAAUGCUUGAUGACCUGAGUUAGUAGUAUGUUAAUGUAAUUGUAGUUCCUGGUUGUAGUACUUACAUUUUCACAAGACAGACUUCCUCACAACUUUGAAAUUUUUUUUUUAGCCUAGAAUGGCCUGGUUCCUUUUUGAUGCGUUGAAGUGUACCUAUUCUUCUGUUUCCAAUCAGUUUUGUGCUUCUAACAUUCUUGAGAAGCUGUACAGUGUGUAAGCUUGUCUUUUAGUUUGGGGGGGGGCAGCAUAUAUGUUGAGUAAGCUCCGACACAUGGAAUGGAAACAUUAUGCUUGGAUAGUACCACACCUCAAAAAGAAUGAGGCUUGAACUUGAAGACCUAUUCUCAUUUGGUUAUGCACACAGUAAAAAGCCUUACUGCAGUUGUGAAAUUAUUUCAGGUUAGCAUUUUUUUUUUAGUUUAAAAAUUAACUUCUGGCUUUGAGUAGUUCAGAAGGUUAGUCUUUAGUUAGAUUUAGCUGUUGCAAGUUUUUAUGUCUAUUUUAUAAUUACCAUUUUAAUGUUCAGUGGGCUAUUGUUAGUAUCUUAAUAUUGUUCAUGAUUUCUUUUAUGACUUAAUUUCUUACCCCGUGUAGAUCUGGAGAUAGGAAGUUGAGAGAACUUUUUGGAUGCUCAUAGAUGCCCUUGGGGCAGCUGUGACAAAUGUGGUGUUGCAUUCCCAUUGCUUGAGCAGCUAUGCAACAUGCGCCUGCUGUCAUUAGUAAUUUACCUGUUCCGUCCACAAGUUGCUAUAUAGUACUUUGUUUUUUAGCUUGCAUGUGUGCUGUGUAGUUUUUGUUUCUUGUAUUCAAUGCAUGAUUUAAUGGAAUUGUAUAUGGAUGUAACACUUGGGACACUGACUAAAUGGUGCAACUUAGCCUUAAUAUUUUAAUGUCACUGGGGCAGUUGAUGGGAUCCAUUUAAAAAUGUUCACUUAAACUUACUUUUUUCAUUGUUUGACACAUGCAUAGAAAAUGUAUUUGCUUUAGGAAUACAAUUAUACCAAAUGGAAUGGUGAA